AUGGCAUUCAGGAGGCAAGUGAAAAACUUCAUGAAAAAUUACUCAGAUGCUGAAGUAAAAGUCAGGGAAGCAACUUCUAAUGACCCUUGGGGUCCUUCCAGCUCUCUGAUGUUAGAUAUCAGUGACCUGACUUUCAACACAAUUUCUCUCUCAGAGAUUAUGAAUAUGCUGUGGCAGAGACUCAGUGACCAGGGGAAGAACUGGCGCCACGUGUAUAAGUCCCUGACGCUGAUGGAUUAUCUCAUCAAGAACGGAUCAAAGAAAGUUAUCCAGCACUGCAGAGAGGGUUUCUGUAACCUCCAGACACUGAAAGACUUUCAGCACGUCGAUGAAGCUGGGAAAGACCAAGGUUAUUAUAUCCGGGAAAAAUCCAAGCAAGUCAUAACACUGCUGAUGGAUGAACAGUUGCUGUAUAAAGAGAGAGAAGUCGCAUGUCGCACAAGACGGCGGACCUCCUAUUCUAUGUCAUUCCCUAAAAGACCUCCUGGCACAGGGAGUUCACCCACAGCAUGCGCUUCUGCCACCACGCCAGACCUUCCUGCUUCAGAGAAGAAGUAUAAGCUCCUUAAGGUUGCGAGGCUGCGUAGUAAAAAAAACGCUUCCAGGGCAGGGCUGAAGCAGGAGCAGUGCCCAGACACCCCGCCGCCCAGUGGAGCCGAGCCGUCCCCGGAAGCGCGACCGCUCAAGGUGAACGCCUGGAAGUCGACAGAGGACCUGAUAGUGUUUUAUGAGGAUGAACCCAAGCCACUUCUGCUGACAGUUCCGCCUUCCAUUAUCUCAUCAACUACACAGUUGUCGGAAGGGGAAGCAGACGUCUGUAACCUCUGGGAUGCAGCUCCUGUGCCUACUGCCUCAGAAAAAAGCCUAUCUCUGCAGACAAAAGUGAGUUCGGACAAGAAAUCAGACAUUCCUAUUGCAAAUUCUAUAACAGAAGCUCCUUUGCAAACACCUCUAGGAAAGGAGUCAGCUGCAAAGUGCUUUGGAAACUUGCCAGUGUUGCCCACCUUGCCAGCUUUGCCAACAUUGUGGUCAUCCAGUAGAGAAGAACAUGUCAGUCCUAACUUAAGGACAUCAAGGUCAGAGUCCUCUUUCUAUAACCAAAGCUCUGUGGAGACGCUGUAUGUCUCACCCUCAUUCAAAGUAGUUGGUCCGAUGAAUGAUCUGGUAAUCAAUAAGGGUGACCGGAAGCCAGCAGAGCCCAGCGUCGUUCAGCUGGAUGAUGAAAACCUCAAAGCCAUAGCCACACGGGUUUCAGCUGCCUCUGAGGGGACAGCCUCCUUUUCUACCUUAUCUGUGUCAUCUCCCGACUCCACCUCUCCGGAGAAGUCUGGUCACCUCUUGCCGCCCAUUUUGGCCAGACCUUCCUUCUGGACGCUGCCCAAGUCUUCUAGUGCCUCCUUUAAAGGUAGAGAUAAGACAGCCGGGGGGCACAGGUCCUGUGCUCCUGAGGCUCCCGCGUUGUCUGAUGAAGAGGAGGACCUCAGCCUCCUGGACAUUCUUCCAGAUAACUCUGAUUCUGCUACAAAGGCCAGGCAGGUGUCUGGCAGCAGUUGGGUAGAGUUUCCCACCGAAAAUGUAGAUCACUUUACUUCCAUGUCCUGUUCUAGUGUUCAGGGAACCCGAGGCCUGCCCCAGGUGCCUGAAGCAAACUACUCCACGAAUGUUCUUCUUGGGGAGGUAAAAAACGCCAUAGUCAAGUUACACGAAGAUCUGAGCAUGGUGAUAAGAGAACUUAAUGUCAUCAAUAGCCACCUGGUAAGCAUGAGCGGGAACAACCCCCAGACAGGCCGAGCGCUGCAGUCUCCCCUGCCUGCUGAGGGGACUCAGGUGGAAUGUAACCGUCUCCACAGCCAUUUCUGA